AUGGCCAAGGGCUUGCGGUGCAAGACAAAGAGAGCCUUCAGGGCUGUCAAGAGGCAGCAUGUCUCAGCAACAGUUGAAGCUGCGCGCAUGCAAGCCCUGCAGCAGCGGCUGCACAUGGUGCAGCAGGGGCAGGACCCCAUGCAGCUCAACAAGAGGCCUUUGAACAAGUUCCUGCAUCCAGAUGCACCAGAUGCCGUCUUCCCCCAAAAGACCCCCGGGCCGCGGCCGCUGGACUUUCGCUCGGAGUCUUUGCCGCUGGCAGGUUUGGUGGGCUGGGGACAGCGGAAGAAGUUCACGGAAGAAGAAAAGGUUGAACUUGUUUCAAUUUUCAAUUGCCUUCCUGGAAGGACAGAAGGAUCUCAAGUGCAGAAGGCUAGGGAAACGCUCAGACGCAUGCAGGCCCUGGGGGAUGCAGACAUGCAAGAAGCAGCAGAUGACGCCGCCGACAGCAGCGCCGGCGCAGCAGCAGCAGCAGCGGGAGGAGAAGCGGAAGGAGGUAUGGUUGCAGAAGAUGCUGCAGCAGAGAUGCUUGCGGACAUGAGACGACAACAAAUACCCACUGUCAAAGAUUCCCUCAAGCAGCAUGCAGCCAGAAGGCCCCAAGGGCGUUUCAGAAGCAAACGGAAAUAA